CAGUAGUGGGGAUAAAGUCAUGUGCCCCCAACUCACCCCUGAGUUCCUGAGGUCAUCACAUGGCUGGCAGACACACCCUCUUGCCCAGUCAGCCCUGGGGGAGGACAACUCUGGAUCCCAUCCUCUCCAGUGGAGUUACACUCUAUUCAGUAUUCACUCAGAGUUUGAAGGAGUGGGGCGCCCGGGCGAAAUGAGACACCAGCGUAGCAAUGAGCAGCGUGACCUGGCUCUGCUGGGCUACUUCAGCCAGCUGCAGUCCCCUGAACCAGGCUCCGUCAGACCCCUGCACGGCUUCACCCCCUACCAGGUUCGCCAUUCAGCAGUGGCGGUGGGGGUGACGCACUGUGAGGUGGCAACAGCUCAUGUGCUCUACGCUGCCAAUGCCAGUCUGGUGAGGCUGUGCUGUCUGAAUGAGAAGGUAUCAGGCAGUUCUGCUCUCUCAAACCCCUGUCUGUCCCUGCGUGGGAUUUGGUAAG